AGAUGGACACACGGACAGUUGGACCCGGUCCUGGUGCCUAUAUGACCGUUAAUUUCUGCCCUACUCUUCCUCCAACCGACGAAUCUCCCGCCGACGCCCCACACCCAUCUUCUGCAAUUUAGUCACAGAAGAGAACCAAUCAUCGUUUCAUUACAGCGGGCCUUCGUCCUCACACCCCCAAAACUGUCGAGAUCGAGAAGUAUGAAUCGGUACCAGAAGGUGGAGAAGCCUAGGGAGGAGACUCCCAUGGAAGAAAAUGAGAUCCGAAUCACCACGCAGGGGAGGCUGAGGAACUACAUCACCUACGCAGAUAGCCUUCUUCAGGAGAAAGGGGCCAGCGAAAUAUUACUUAAGGCAAUGGGUAGAGCAAUAAAUAAAUCAGUAAUUGUGGCUGAAUUGAUAAAGAGAAGAGUUGCAGGUCUCCAUCAGAAUACUUCAAUUGGUUCUGUUGAUAUCACAGAUACAUAUGAACCUCUGGAAGAAGGCCUCCUUCCCCAAGAGAGAAUUCGUCAUGUAUCAGUGAUAACAGUCACCCUUUCUAAGAAGGACUUGGACUGCUCUUCCCCAGGAUACCAGCCACCUAUUCCAGCUGAUCAAGUCAAUCCAGUGGCCACAUAUGAUUAUGAAAGGAGGAAUACGAACAAUGGAGUAGUAAGAAAUGAUGAAGACAAUGGAUGGGAAGGAGAGCGCGGUGUUGCUGGAAGGGGCAGAGGACGAGGCGGAGGCAGAGGCCGACGGAGUGGCAGAGGGGUCGCCCGUGGAGUGUUUAAGCCAAAUGUUACAAUCCAGGCAGCAGCAGCCUAAGAUUUCAAACACUGAACUGUAGAUCUUAGUUCUCACCCAAAGCUCUUUUAAUUCCAUUGCAUAUUAUUUGCUCCUUUACAGAAACGAGAGCUUUUUAAAUACUGCCAUAAGCUACUCUUGGUUUCUUUGUUGCUCUUCUUCCGUUGUCUUCUUUGUUUUAGCUCUAAAAGAAACUUUGAUCUACACU